GCUGAUGUACAUGGAACCAAGUGGACCCCGAGCUUGGAAAGUUUAUUCUAGAAGGAAGGGUAAGAAGGGAAUUGGUGGCUAAUUAAUUACAAUACAGUGACGUGGCUUGAGUGAGGAGAGCAUCUUGCAUCCCAUUUCCACGAUAUAAGGAAUCAGAGAGAGAAUGUAGAGAUUGCCUUGGAUUAUAGUGAUAUACUAGCAUGUAUAGGGAGCUAUAGCUUCCUAUUAGGAGCCUAGCUCUUGUCAGAUCUAGGGUUACAUUCCCUUUUCUGUAUCUCUUUCCAUUUCUGCUCAAUAUAAUAAAGCUCUUGUCAGAUCUAGGGUUACAUUCCCUUUUCUGUAUCUCUUUCUGUUUCUGCUCAAUAUAAUAAAGCUCUCAUUCUCCUCUGUUUGUCUGUUGUACUGUUAUAUUAUUACAUUCUGUUUUUUUGAUACGUAACAAGUGGUCCGACCUACCGGAUUCCGACGACGGAGCCAGUGAAUGCCACCUAAGAAGGUGACGUUAGCAGCGUUCACAAAGAUGGAAGCUAGGGUCGAAGCUUUGGAGAGUGAAAUCACAGAGGUGCGUUCAACUCUUGUCGAGGUGCAGAACUCAGUGACGACAAACCAUGCUAAUUUGAUAGCAAUGUUGGAGAAAUGCUUGGGUAAGUCGUUGACUGUGGACGAAGGAGACGCGAGUGUUUCCGGUAAAGGUUCGUCGGGGGUGACAGUAGAGGGCGCUCCGAAGAGCACUGUUGUCGACAGCCAUCGGGGAGAUGCUUUGACGGAGUAUCGUCAGUCCGUUAAGAAGGUGAAACUGCCGGCGUUUGAUGGUGAGGAUCCGGCGGGAUGGAUUUCACGUGCUGAAGUGUAUUACCGCGUUCAGGGCACGAUACCGGAGAUGAAAGUGAGUUUGGCUCAGCUGAGUAUGGAGGGAACAACGAUUCACUUUUUCAAUUCCUUGAUCGGGGAGGAAGAGGGGUUGACAUGGGAAGCGUUGAAAGAGGCAUUGUUGGAGAGGUAUGGAGGACACGGUGAGGGUGAUGUUUAUGAACAGUUGACGGAAUUGAAGCAAGAGGGAACGGUUAAGGAAUACAUCGCUGAGUUUGAAUACCUAACGGCUCAGAUUCCGAAGCUUCCGGAGAAACAAUUUCGGGGGUACUUCUUACAUGGGUUGAAGGCAGAGAUUAGGGGGAAGGUACGUAGCUUGGCGGCAAUGGGAGAGAUGAACAAAACAAAAUUGCUCCAAGUCACAAGAGCUGUUGAGAGGGAGGUAAAAGGGGGAAACGGUUCAGGUUUUCAUCGUGGGCCUAGAUUUGGGUAUAAUCCAGCUCAUAAUGGGUCAGCAGCUCAUAAUGGGUCAGCAGGAAGGAAAACUGGAUCUGACUGGAUCAUGAUAAGGGGGAGAGAUGUUAGGCCGCAUGGGAGUGUUAAGAGUGGAGUAAGUGGGCUCAAAGGAGACAAACAAGCCCAAAGCGAAAAGAAACAUAUUGGGCCUCGGGAUAGGGGUUUCAAACAUUUGUCUUACAAUGAAUUGAUGGAAAGGAAGCAAAAGGGAUUAUGUUUUAAGUGUGGAGGUCCAUGCCAUCCUAUGCACCAAUGCCCGGAAAAACAACUUAGAAUUUUGGUUGUGGAGGAGGAUGGCGAUGAUGAGGAUGAGACCAAAUUCUUGGCUAUAGAGGUGGAUGAAGGUGAUGAAGAGGAAAGGUGGAGAUGAGUGUACUUAACUUGCACCACAUUGCACAUAAUACUCAUCAUACCAUGAAAUUCCAAGGAGCAAUACAUGGAGUAGAGGUAUUGAUUUUGGUGGAUAGUGGGGCAACACAUAAUUUCAUUUCUCAGAAAUUAGUGCAUCAAAUGGACUGACCAGUUUAUACUACUCUUCAAAUGACGGUUAAAUUGGGGAAUGGGCUCCAAAUAGCAACCCAGGGGGUGUGUAGAGGAAUGGAAGUGUGUAUUGGGGAAUUUAAAUUAGACCCAGAAAUGCAUUUAUUUGAAUUAGGGGGAAUUGAUGUGGUUUUAGGCAUUGAGUGGCUUAAAACUUUGGGGGAUACUAUUACUAAUUGGAAACAACAAACUAUGAGUUUUUGGAAUGAGAAAAGGUGGGUGACUCUUAAAGGACAGGAGGGGUGCAGAAAGUCACCGGUGGCUUUGCAGAAUAUACUGAGUAAGCCCAGGCCCCAUAUGCAGGAUUUAUUGUGGACAGUAGAGAAAACAAAACCCAAAGAGGCUAAAAGAAAUACGUUGUCUGCCCAGCUACAAAGGGAGUUGGAAACAGUAUUACGGAAAUACGAUCAAGUGUUCCAAACAGUGCUAGGCCUUCCUCCGAAAAGAAACAAAGAGCAUGCAAUCAACCUUGUGGAAGGACAAGGAGCCGUAAACGUGAGGCUGUAUCGCUAUCCCCACCAUCACAAGAGCGAAAUAGAGAAGCAGGUAAAGGAGAUGUUAGCAACGGGGGUCAUUCGCCACAACACGAGUUCGUUCUCAAGUCCGGUGAUUUUGGUGAAGAAGAAGGACUGCACAUGGCGAAUGUGCAUUGAUUAUCGCGCUCUAAAUAAGAUCACGGUACCUGACAAAUUUCCUAUACCGGUGAUCGAAGAGUUAUUGGAUGAGUUGCAUGGAGCGAAAUUCUUUUCGAAAUUGGAUUUGAAAUCGGGAUACCACCAAGUGAGGGUGAAGAAAUCGGAUGUGUGCAAAACGGCUUUCAGGACACAUGAAGGGCAUUAUGAGUUCCUUGUGAUGCCGUUCGGACUCAUGAAUGCUCCAUCAACGUUCCAAAGCCUAAUGAAUGAUGUUUUUCGUUCUCUAUUGAGGAAACAUGUGCUGGUCUUCUUUGAUGACAUCCUCAUCUAUAGCAAGAGCUGGGAGACUCAUGUGCGGCAUUUAGAGGAAGUGUUGAGUUUGUUAGCUAAUCACAGCCUAGUAGCUAACAAGAAGAAGUGUUUUCUUGCCCAGCAGAGUGUGGAGUAUUUGGGGCACAUGAUCACAGAACACGGUGUAGCUGUAGAUCUUGGAAAGGUGGUCAGUGUGAUGCAAUGGCCACAACCUAAAAAUGUAAAAGGGGUGAGAGGGUUCUUAGGACUCACAGGAUAUUACAGGAAGUUUAUAAAGGAUUAUGGAAAAAUUGCUAGACCAUUAACUGAGCUUACCAAGAAGGAUAGUUUCAAAUGGGGAGUGGAAGCUCAGCAAGCCUUUGACGAGUUGAAGGAGAGGCUUACAUCAGCACCUGUGUUAGCUUUACCCGAUUUUUCCAAGAGUUUUUUGAUUUAGUGUGAUGCUUCCGGAGGAGGAAUAGGGGCGAUCUUGAUGCAAGAUAAGAAACCAAUAGCAUAUUACAGCAAGGCCCUUGGUGUGAAGAAUUCAGCUAAAUCUGCAUAUGAAAAAGAAUUGAUGGCAGUAGUUUUAGCAAUCCAACACUGGAGACCAUACUUGUUGGGAAGAAAAUUUGUAGUAUCAACUGAUCAAAAAAGCCUCAAACAGCUACUGCAACAGAGAAUUGUAACUGCAGAACAGCAGAACUGGACUGCUAAAUUAUUGGGUUAUGACUUUGAGAUUUUGUACAAACAGGGUAAAUUGAACAAGGGGGCAGAUGCUUUAUCCAGAAUUCAUGAGGGAGGGGAGUUAGCUACCAUGAAUUACCAAUGGAAAUGGCUUCAAGAGGAACAGAUUAAAAUAGAAAAUCAACAGGAUGAAAGGUUGCAGAGAAUAAUAGCAGGGGUCCAACAGAAUGCAGAAUCAUGGCCAGGUUAUGAGUACAAGCAAGGGGUCUUGAUGUAUGAAGGUAGGUUGGUGAUUUCCAAUAAGUCCUUGUUAAUUCCUACAUUGUUAGAGGAAUUCCAUUCAACACCCCAGGGAGGACAUUCGGGGUUCUACAAAACUUAUAGAAGAUUAGCUGCUAAUGUGUAUUGGAUAGGCAUGAAAGGAACCGUACAAGACUUUGUAAGAAGGUGCGACAUUUGCCAAAGACAGAAGUACAUAGCUUCAUCUCCAGGAGGUUUGUUACAACCUCUACCCAUUCCUCAUCAAAUUUGGGAAGAUAUAUCGAUUGACUUCAUCACCGGGUUGCCAAAAUCAAAAGGCUUCGAAGCUAUUUUGGUGGUGGUAGACAGAUUGUCCAAGUACUCUCAUUUUAUUCCUCAGCGACAUCCAUAUACUGCUAGGAGUAUUGCCGAAGUAUUUGGUAAGGAGGUAGUCAAACUCCAUGGCAUACCUCUUUCCAUAGUGAGUGACAGGGAUCCCAUUUUUAUGAGCAGUUUUUGGAAGGAGUUGUUCAAACUGCAGGGAACUAAGCUGAAAAUGAGUACCGCAUAUCACCCCAAAUCGGAUGGUCAGACAGAAGUGGUUAAUAGGUGUUUGGAGACCUAUUUGAGGUGCUUCAUUGCGGAUCAACCUAGGACAUGGGUAACUUGGAUACACUAGGCCGAGUAUUGGUUCAACACAACGUUUCAUGCUGCUACCGAGAGAACACCAUUUGAGGUAGUUUAUGGGAGGCCGCCUCCAAAACUAAUUCAAUGGACUCAAGGAGAGACUAGAGUAGAAGUUGUGCAGAGGGACUUGUUGGACAGAGACGAGGCUUUGAGACAAUUGAGGAACCAAUUGUUGAGAGCACAAGAGAAAAUGAAAAGUCAAGCUAAUAAGAAACGCACUGACAGGAGUUUUGCAUGUGUGGAGUGGGUGUUUGUCAAGCUUAGAGCUCAUAGACAGCAGUCGGCAGUGACCAGAAUUAGUGCUAAAUUAGCAGCAAGAUACUACGGUCCUUAUCCCAUUAUUGAGAAGAUAGGAGCAGUGGCAUACAGACUAAAGCUACCAGAGGGGUCCAGGGUGCACCCUGUUUUUCAUGUAUCAUUACUGAAGAAAGUUGUGGGCCGUUAUCAUGAAGAGGAUGAGUUACCAGAUCUAUUGGAGGAACAGACUAAAGUGUAUGAACCAGAGGCGGUACUAACUACUAGGAAGGUGAAAAAACAAGAUGAAGAAAUCAGACAAAUCCUGGUACAUUGGAAGGGCAAGAUAGCAGAAGAAGCAACUUGGGAGGAUGAGAUAAUGAUCAGAAGCCAAUUUCCAAAGUUUGGCCUUGAGGACAAGGCCAUUGCGGAAGGAGAGGGUAUUGAUAGGCCCCAGUUAGUUGAGAAAGAAUUGCCACGUGAGCAGCUGAUGUACAGGGAACCAAGGGGACCCCAAACUUGGAAAGUUUAUUCUAGAAGGAAGGGUAAGAAGGGAAUUGGUGGCUAGUUAGUUACAAUAUAGUGACGUGGCUUGAGUGAGGAGAGCACCUUGCAUCCCAUUUCCACGAUAUAAGGAAUCAGAGAGAGAAUGUAGAGAUUGCCUUGGAUUAUAGUGAUAUACUAGCAUGUAUAGUAUGUAUAGGGAGCUAUAGCUUCCUAUUAGGAGCCUAGCUCUUGUCAGAUCUAGGGUUACAUUCCCUUUUCUAUAUCUCUUUCCAUUUCUGCUCAAUAUAAUAAAGCUCUCAUUCUCCUCU